ACGAUUGACAUUCUUGGCAACCCUGUCGAUUGGGUGGCAGCCCGGUAAAAAUAGCGCGAAGUUUUUGUCUGUGCGGUAAAAAAAAAGGAGAACGCGGAAAAGUCGUGCAAAUAUGAGCGGCCGUAAGCACCGGGGCUCGGAAAACAUGGAAAAUCUGUGUCCUAUCACUAGAAAACGCUCAACCAACAAAUGCGGCCCAACACCCGCUGUUUCUGCCACGAAAUCCGGACAUUACGAACUGCCCUCUUCGCCGUCAGCACUCACUUACGAGGCCCUCGAGGAGAUGGGCAUCGGUAUGCUGGACUCCGAAGAAAGUAGCUCGUCGGCCCUAUCAGCCAUUGCUCUGGCGGUCAGUGCCACCAGCGAUGACAACUCCAAUGAGACGACACCCUACGUGAACGUUUCGCGCAUGUUGCACCAUCAGCAGCAGCGACUGAAUAUGAGUUCUACUGCAGACACUACGCUGGACAGCAGCUCGAACAAUACUACCGUCAUUGAGGAUGCGCAGCAACGCCUUGUACGCCAAUCAGCCGAGAAACUGCAGGCCCUGACACAGGUCAAGCGCUCCGCCCUCGGGUCUGAGACUGGGAGCAACUCCAACUCGCCAAGCAAACGCUUGCGCAACCCCCUGGUUGCAGUCACAUGCAAUAACCAAAGCGAUGCCGCGGCCCCUCUUAAUUUGCAACCCUCGACUAGCCGCCAAGCCCAAAUGCGCCUAGCCAAGAAACCAGUGGUUGUGCCUCCGCCUCAAACGGCCCGUCUGGUUCCCACCGAUAGCUUCUUUGUAUACCGUACACCGUCUAUGAGCGCCCACAUUAGCAGCGGGAUCAACUACUUCGAGAGACUGUCGGACGAGAUAGUGCUAGACAUAUUCAAAUGGCUGCCUAAGAAAACACUUCUGCGCCUUUCCACCGUGUGCCGGCGAUUCAAUCGCUGCUCCCGCGAUGAAACACUAUGGACGCGCUUGGACCUUGGCCUGCGUACUCUGCGACCCGGAGCACUCGAGCAAAUACUGAGUCGGGGUGUGCUGGUCCUUCGUUUGGCGCAAGUUAGUAUUCAGGACCCAGCUUUUACGCCAUCAGCUAAUUUUAAGUUUAGACUACAAUAUCUGGACUUGAGCAUGGCGUCCAUAAGCAAAGGCUCUCUGCAAAUGCUCUUUUCCCAUUGUCGUCAGUUAAAGAAGGUCAGCUUGGAAAAUAACGACCUGGAUGAUAACAUAUGCGCGGAGAUCGCACAGAACAAAUCUCUGGAAGCAGUCAACCUUACCAUGGCCUCCGGUCUUACUGCGUCCAGUGUGCGGUUGUUGAUGGAGUCUCUUACCAACUUGAGCAGCCUGAACAUAUCUUGGACUGAUCUAACGGCAGACGCUGUGACUGCUUUGGUCACUCACAUCACCCCCAAUGUUAUUCGCUUGAAUGUCGCAGGUUGCCGGCGCGUGCUAUUUGACUCUCAUGUAGUAACUUUGCAAAAACGUUGCCCCCAACUCCUGGAACUUGACCUUUCCGAUUGCAACAGCCUUACUCCAGCCGUCAUUCCGGCCAUAAUGAAAUUUAAAAUGCUGGAGUACCUAUCGGUUUCUCGUUGCUAUCUUAUUCCUGCUUCCAAAUUCAUAGAGCUGAAGAGUAUGGCCUCCCUCACCUACUUGGACAUAUUUGGAAUGCUGUCGGACGCAGCUAUGGAAGUCCUUGAAAAACAAAUGCCAGAAAUGGGGAUCAAUAAGUUCAUUCACAGUUCUGUAUCCCGUCCAACUGUAGGAACGCGUCGCACUUCUAUUUGGGGCCUGCGUACAAGAGACUAAAUACCAAUUACAUUCUAUCACUCAUAAUAAGAAAUUCUGCGUUUGUCUCUUAACGCAGCAAUUUA